UUUUACGAGAGGCACUUGAAGGCAGCAUGUGUGCGUCGGCGUUUCUAUGGUAACAUUGCUGUGGAGUACUGACAGGAAAACAGUGUUUGUAAGUUACCAUCCUGCUGCGGCAUUCUCCAAUUCACUUUUGACAACCACAUAGAUGACCAGAUCUUUAUGAAGCACACUAACAUGGACGAAGGACUCAAACAUGAGAAGAUGUCUCAAGUGUUGAAGACUGAGCAAGGGAGGCCUCCUUCUCCGAGACCAGCGGUUCUGGCCGACCGGUGGGACUCUGUGGAGUCGGACACGGAGAGCUUGGCCCAGGAGAGAGCUUACCAGCAGCAGCAGCAGCUACAAAUGCCUGCUGGACGCCAUGACCAAAACAAAUACAUUCUUCCUCAGAAGGAGAAUGCUGACAGCUUACAGCGGGGAGAUGGAGAGGAUGAAUAUGCAAAUGAUGUUGAAACUGAAGAUCUUCAGGUUUGUGAUAGCCUUGAUGUAGCAGCACACCCCCAUGCCAACAGGAACCCCACCCUGUCACAGACUGAAUAUUUGGAUACACAGAUGUAUGAAAGAGAAGGAACGAGCCAGCUGCUCACUGAUGAUGUCUACUCUGAGCUACGCUAUGACCCCAACUGGAGGACCAACCUGAGGGGAGCCGGCUGCUUCAAUGAGAGUCCACGGAUUUCUGUCGAGGAAUAUUACCAAGUCCCUAAAGAGAAAUCUAGACAGCCAUGUGGUGACAGCCAAGGACUCAGAAUAAAAGCAGGAUACAGAUACAUCAUCGACACAAGUCCAGCUGCUGUGGUGACUCCUCAUUUGAGUGGCGAUGAGUCUGACCAGCCGUACCGCCUACACCCACAACAUGGUCAGACUAGUUCAGUAACAUCUCCCCACUGUCACAACCAUGCUUUACAACUUGGAUCACCAGAGGCUGACCAUUCAAAGCCACCCUGCAUUUUCACUAAAGAUGACAGUGACAAGCGUUCACUAAAAGGAUUCAAAAAGAUGCGUGGAAAUAACUGUGACAAUGCUGGUGAAUACAGCAGGUCUCCCGAGCAGCCCAAGGAUAUACGUGCUAUGUCCAAGAACAUCCAAGAAUGCACACAAGGAGGACCCACUCAAAUACACCAAAUGAGCACGUCCAUAGUUCCCAAGGUUUUAUUGAACAAAAAGCUCGAAAGACUGACUGAGGACAUAGUGGAACGCAACAAAAUAACCCUGGGGCGCAACACAUCCAAAUGUGGCUCCUAUGUGAGUGUGCAUGCACUUAACCGGGAGAUGCCUCAUCAUGUCAAUAAGGGGCAUGGAACUCUGAAGAAGACAGCCAGCGCAGAAAGUCAAGAGGACAGUUCAGACCCCAAGCCAAAAACACAGCAGUUGAGGGUCACCCAGAUCAGUGAAGGGAAGAAAGCCCAGCAGAAAGAAAACCCCAACCGCCCUCCACAGCAGCAGCAGACCCCUGCCCUGGGGGUCAGCGCUGAGUGGGGGGGCCGUCUGAGCUCCCCAUUGGCAAAACCAGCCGCUGCAGGUCAGCCAAACCCUCAUAAGACGACUUCAUCACAGCCUUUGGUCCCCAACAUCCACCUCAACAUCAACCUCAACCCGUUAAUCCAGCAGAGGGGCCAGGAAGACAUCCUCAAUUUAGCAUCUCUUCAUGCUUGUCCUAAUUGGAGCCCUGCAUCUCAAGUUGAACUUGCCCUGUCCCCUGGAUAUCAACUAACUAUUCCAGGAAGGUCCUCCCUGAUGUCUCAGAAAGUUGUAAGCACACAUCUCCACCACCAAAACCUGGAGAGUAGCCCCGAACAAUGGCAAAGGACAGCUGCGUUGAAGUGGCCAUUAUCCCGUGAAGGGGAGGACCAGAAGUGUCUAAAUGAGGUUCAAACUAAGCAAUUUCCACAAAACCUCCCCAGGACACCCACCACCACUUUUUCGGGCUCCUACACAGUGCUGCCCCCUAUAACAGAGUCAAUGGCAGGAAAAGAGCCUGAGCUGAGCCCUGGUGUGAACACAGCCUACCCAAUCCAUAGAAGCAGCUCUGACGGCUACCUGGGUCAGAUGGAGAAACAGAAGCAGCUGAGGACCAGAGUCACUUACAAGGCGUACAGUCUGAAAGACUACAAGCAGCUGAAGCCCGAUAUGAAUCUGCGAGGCCUGGGCCCUGACUACUCGGCCAUUGAAAAGACAGCUGAGAAAAUGAAACGACAGAAGCUGUAUUCAAAUGUGAUCCGCGAGCAGAACAAAACCAUUAGUAGGAUCCCCUUUCUACUGGCCAAGGACCCGGAAGGCAAUGACAAGAAAGUUCCCAGGAUGAAGGCCUUGGAAUAUGCUAAGACUAUAGCCAAACCCCCUGUACAGUCUCAACCAAAACAGAAACCCAAACACCGGUCCGAAGGCUUCACUGAGCCCGCUCCUUACUUGGAGGACUUGGACGUCUCCCAGCUGGCCACACUGGAAGUCCUUAGAAAACGGCAUGAAGAAGAAAAGCAGGCUGUGGCACUCUUCAGAAAAGUACAUGCUGUCUGAGGCAAGGUGCAAUUCCCGUAAACAGUCCAUGGAACCCAUGCUCUCAUGGAUAUCCACACUCCAAGACGUAGGAAACAUGUUGCUGCCUUAUUAAAUUUGCUAAGCCUAGUGUCACAUCAACAUUCCUUACCACAUACAUUUGUUACACAUUUUUCAAAAUAAUUACGAAAAGAUGGAAAAAGAUCAUUUCUGAGAAGGUCGGCAGCCUCAGCCAGCAUCUGUGUUACUUUUAAAGGUCCCAUGGCAUGAAAAUUUCACUUUAUGAGGUUUUUUAACAUUAAUAUGAGUUCCCCCAGCCUGC